AUGUCCAGACUCACCGGUUCCAGCCGUCUUCUCAGGCAGUUGGCUAACAAAAAGGAAUCGGCCUUCCGUUUUACGCCGAAUUUCCAGUUAGGUGAUAGAAGACCCGAGGUUCUUGAAGCUAUGAUACCCGAUAGACCAGAUGUUUCAGAUAGUCCAGUUUUACGGACGGCUGUUGUCAAGCCAGAAGACGUGUGUGACUUGGUGAUCCAGCCUUCAUUUAACGAUCUUAUUGUUACUGCAUUCGCUGAAGGCUGCCACUUUUCUGGAGACCAGGAUUACACGCUCACUUCGACGUCCUCGGUGAAAGGCUCCAAGCUUUGGUACGCCAAUAUCGCCAAGGAGUGGAUGGCUGAUUUUGAGGAGCUUCUACCUAACAUAGAAGAGUUGAAAGAGGUUUCAGUGGAGGAGAGAAAGCUUGCAUCCUCGUUUAUUGAUGAAGUUUCAAGAGCUCUUAUAGCGGAAGCGUUUGCCAAAAGUCUGAUUCUGUCCUACGCUGAUUUACAGGAAUUUGUAGCAAGCGUGCUGCAAUACACUAGUCUUGAAUGCACUGUGGAGUUUCUUCUUUCCCAAACUGCUUUCAUCUCGGACGUGACUAACUUUGAACUCGUGGUUGGAUAUCUCAAACAAAACUUGGGUGCAUUGGGCAGACAAAAACUCCCGGAGUUUGUUGAUCUUAUGAUGGCCUUCGCCACCGAAGAUAGUGUUCACAGAGUUCCUAUUGCAGACUCCUUAAUCCGUGAGCAUAUACUCGAUUUGCACCCAGAACUUCUCGUUGAGCUUCCGCCCCAUAUUGUUAGCCAACUUGCUGACUUUGCAAUUGCUAGAGAUAGCCUCGACGAUGCUAAAGAACUGAUGAGUUUUUUGGUGACAGAACACAGAAUGGCUCCUGCCAAACACACAUUCGAACUGUUCAUGGCUAAGUACUGUGUUGAUGCUAGACGCAACGACAAGAACAAAGAGCAAGUUUUGAAAGACCUCACGUGCAUCAAACCAAUCUUGCAUUUUUAUGGCCUUAGCGCCGACUCGUUCGAGUUGCUAUUGUCUCGGGUCAUUGACAAUUCAUAUGAUUUGGCACAUUUCGUGCGUUUGGCCCAGAAGAACUCGGCCGAGCUUGUCGCCGAAUACACCGAACAAAUUCUCCUCCGCUUACGCUACAUUCACAAAAAGAGCCACAAGAGCGACAUCAAUAAAGCGGUGGAGACUACACAGUUUAUGAGGCUCUUGGUGCAUGACAAUAAGGUCAAGAUCGAUGAACGGCUUGCAUCGGUUUUGCGUCUGAUUUGCAACGAGCACAAAAUCGCUUACGACGAGCUUAAAUUUUCCAACACAUCGACCUAA